AUGCCGGCGUAUUUUCAGCGCCCAGAGAAUGCUCUGAAACGAGCGAAUGAAUUUCUGGAAGUUGGCAAGAAACAACCCGCCUUGGAUGUCUUGUACGAUGUCAUCAAGAGCAAGAAACAUCGAACAUGGCAGAAGAUCCACGAGCCCAUCAUGCUCAAAUACCUGGAGCUGUGUGUAGAUCUUCGCAAGAGCCACCUGGCGAAGGAGGGUCUCUACCAGUACAAAAACAUCUGCCAGCAGGUAAACAUCAAAUCUCUAGAGGAUGUGGUCAGGGCUUACUUAAAGCUGGCAGAGGACAAGACCGAAUUGGCUAAAGAAGAGUCCCAGCAGAUGGUCUUGGACAUUGAAGAUCUAGACAACAUCCAGACUCCAGAAAGUGUGCUUCUGAGUGCUGUGAGUGGAGAGGAUACUCAGGAUCGUACCGAUCGUCUGCUUCUUACUCCGUGGGUGAAGUUUCUGUGGGAGUCUUACCGCCAGUGCCUGGACCUUCUCCGAAACAACUCCAAGGUGGAGCGCCUUUACCACGACAUUGCCCAGCAAGCAUUCAAGUUUUGCCUUCAAUACACCCGAAAGGCAGAGUUUCGCAAGUUGUGUGACAACCUACGAAUGCAUCUGGGCCAGAUUCAGAGACACCACAACCAAAGCACUGCCAUCAACCUGAACAACCCUGAAAGUCAGUCCAUGCACCUGGAGACCAGACUGGUGCAGCUGGACAGUGCCAUAAGCAUGGAGCUCUGGCAGGAAGCAUUCAAGGCUGUCGAGGACAUCCAUGGUCUUUUUGCGCUUUCCAAGAAGCCACCCAAACCCCAGCUAAUGGCCAACUAUUACAACAAGGUGUCCACUGUGUUUUGGAAGUCUGGAAAUGCUCUUUUCCAUGCUUGUACCCUCCACCGGCUUUAUCACCUCUCAAGAGAGAUGCGCAAGAAUCUCACACAAGAGGAGAUGCAGAGGAUGUCCACCAGAGUCCUCCUGGCUACUCUUUCCAUUCCCAUCACCCCAGAGCGCACAGAUAUCGCUCGGCUGUUGGAUAUGGAUGGUAUCAUUGUGGAGAAACACCGGCGGCUGGCAACCCUCCUGGGUCUGCAGGCUCCACCAACCCGGCAAAGUCUGAUCAAUGAUAUGGUGAGAUUUAACUUGUUGCAGUAUGUCGUACCUGAGGUGAAAGAUCUUCACAACUGGCUUGAAGUAGACUUUCAUCCUUUGAAACUUAGUGGAAGAGUAACCAAGGUGCUUAAUUGGGUGAGAGACCAAGGUGAGAAGGAGGCUGAGCUUCAGCACUAUGUCCCUCAUCUGCAAAGUAACACCAUCUUGCGUCUCCUACAGCAAGUUGCACAAAUUUACCAGAGCAUUGAAUUCAGCCGUCUGGCCUCGCUGGUUCCAUUUGUGGAUGCUUUCCAGCUGGAGCGCUCCAUUGUUGAUGCAGCCAGGCACUGUGAUCUGCAGGUUCGAAUUGACCACACCUCUCGGACAUUGAGUUUUGGAUCUGACCUGAACUACUCAACAAAGGAAGAUGCCCCAGUCGGUCCUUUCUUGCAAAACAUGCCGUCAGAGCAAAUCAGGAACCAGCUCACUGCUAUGUCUGCCUCUUUGGCCAAGGCCCUGCAGGUCAUCAAACCAACAUCCACUCUGCAAGAGCGUGAGGAGCAGAGCCAGCAGGCCAUAGCAGCUUAUUUGAAAAAUGCCCGCAAAGAUCAUCAGCGCAUCCUAGCUCGUAGACAGACCAUCGAAGAGCGUAAGGAGCGCCUGGAGAGCUUGAACAUACAACGUGAGAAGGAGGAACUAGAGCAGCGGGAGGCUGAAAUGCAGAAGGUCCGCAAGGCCGAGGAGGAGCGCCUGCGCCAGGAGGCUAAAGAGAGGGAGAAAGAGCGCAUCAUGCAAGAGCAUGAGCAGAUCAAGAAAAAGACUGUGCGAGAACGGCUGGAGCAGAUCAAGAAGACUGAACUGGGAGCCAAGGCCUUCAAGGAUAUUGAUAUUGAGGAUUUGGAGGAACUGGACCCAGACUUCAUCAUGGCUAAGCAGGUGGAGCAGCUGGAGAAGGAGAAGAAAGAACUUCAAGAGCGUCUGAAGAACCAGGAAAAAAAGAUUGACUACUUUGAGAGGGCCAAACGGCUGGAGGAAAUUCCUCUCAUUAAAAAGGCAUAUGAGGAGCAACGGGUUAAGGACAUGGAACUGUGGGAGCUCCAGGAGGAGGAGAGGAUCAGUAAUAUGAAAGUGGAGCGGGAAAAGGCCUUGGAACACAAGAAGCGCAUGUUCCGAAUGAUAGAGGACAAAGAAAACUUUUUAUCCAAAAUCACUGCUGCUCGUAGCUUCAUUUAUGAGGAGAAACUGAAGGCUUUUGAGGAGCGCUUAGUGGAAGAAAGGAAGAACCGUCUGGAGGAAAGGAAGAGGCAGCGUAAAGAAGAUCGACGUAAGGCUUUUUACCUCCAAAAAGAGGAAGAAGAACAGCGGAUCCACGAGGAACAACUCAAGAAAGAACGUGAGGAGCGUGAACGUAUUGAACAAGAACAGCGUGAGGAGGAGGAGAGGGAAUAUCAGGAGCGCCUGCGCAAACUUGAAGAGCAGGAACGAAAGCAACGCGCUCGUCAGCAGGAGAUCGAAGAGCGUGAGCGCCGUCGUGAAGAAGAGCGACGCAAUAUCCCAGAGGAUAAAUCAAAGGACUGGGGUGACAAAGACGAAGGAGGAUGGCGGAAGCGCACUGAAGGAGAAUCAGAGUGGCGUCGUUCUGUGCCUGAUAGGGAAUGGAGGCAAGAGGGCAGGGACGACGAUAAGGAGGAGCGAGAGCCUUUUAGACGUGGAGAAGGUCCACGCAGAGGCGGAGAUGACCGAGGUCCUCGUAGAGGCUUCGAUGAUGAUCGAGGUCCACGUCGGGGUGGAGAUGAUGACCGUCCAUCUCGCAGAGGAAUGGAUGACGAUCGCGGGCCUCGCCGCGGGUUAGACGAUGAUCGCGGACCUCGCCGUGGGUUUGACGACGAUCGCGGACCUCGCCGUGGGUUUGAUGACGAUCGCGGACCCCGGCGCGGGUUUGAUGACGACCGCGGACCCCGCCGCGGCUACGACGACGACCGCGGACCCCGACGCGGCUAUGACGAUGACCGCGGACCCCGCCGGGGCUAUGACGAUGACCGCGGACCCCGCCGGGGCUAUGACGAUGACCGCGGACCCCGCCGGGGCUACGACGACGAGCGCGGACCCCGCCGCGGCUUUGAUGACGAGCGCGGACCCCGCCGCGGUUUUGAUGACGAUCGUGGUCCCAGGCGUGGAUUUGAUGACGACAGAGGUCCUCGUAGGGGCAUGGAUGACUCAAGGGGUCCCAGGCGAGAUGAUGACUGGGGACCCAGAAGAGAUGACGAUAGAGGCGGAAGAAGAGACGAUGGUCCACGUCGUGAACGGGAUCGUGACGAUCCCACACCCUGGAAGCCACUCGGUAGACCUGGUGGUUGGCGUGAGCGUGAAAAGGCAAGGGAGGAAAGCUGGGGACCUCCACGCGGUGGUAACAAUGAGGACCGCCAAGAUGACGAUGGAGACGAACGAUCCAGCGACCGCUUCAACGACCGCCAAAGAGAGGACAGUGGCUGGAGGAAACCUGACGACGGAAGAAGUAGUUGGAGGGAUUCUCGGCGGGAAGACUCCGACCGGCGCAGUGAGCGGGAUGAUCGUCGCGGUGAACGUCGUGAACGUGAUGAUCGCCCACGUGACAGAGAGAGACGUGAUGAUAACAGAGCCCCACAUAGAGAGCAAAACGAUGGAGGUACAUGGCGUCGCGGCGGCGAAGAGAAACGGGAGGAGCGAGAGAGGCCCAGGGAACGAGAGCGGGAGCGUGACCAAGACAAAGAUGCCGAGGGAGAGAAGAACUGGCGUUCCGACAAAGACGCGCGUCGCACCAAGAACGAGACGGAUGAUGACGGUUGGACAACUGUCCGCCGCUGA